AUGAAAAGCAAAAUGCGCUAUUUAAAAGGAAUAUAUAUGGAGGCCGUGAAAUGGCGUAGUCAAACAGGAGCUGGAUUAAUUGAAAAUGGAGAAGAAGAAAGCGUCAAGGACUACAUUCAAAAUAUUUGUCCCUUCUUCGAAAUACUGGACGAGAUUUUUGGGCUCAGAAAGGGCGUGAACCCUACGGUUAUAAUUGAAAGUAGCAAUAUAGAUUUCCUCUAUGAAGACAGCGAGGAGGUUUUUUUAUUUGAUAAUGUUGGUGAUAUUUCAAAUAGUUGCUCGAGUUCACGUAUAUCAGCCAGUACUCCUAUUCCGCCCGACACUCCACAGCCAGACGUUCAUUUAUCACUGGAAUUAUCAUCGAACAAUGCAAGCAGCUUCAACGGCGACUCAGAGAUUGAGAAUUAAAAAAAAAGAAUGACAUCGAAACACAGCCUAAAGAAAAAGCAAAAUCCAAAUGCAAGCUCUGCCGGCGUAUUACAAGGAAUGCUUGAAGCAAAAUUGGACAUGGAGAAGCAAAAAUUUGACUGGAUGAAAAAAACAGGAA